AUGCUGCACACCACGUACCACAAAGGGCAGCAGCAGACGGGUAAGUUCAAGGAUAAUAUCCGGUUCCUGCCUGUACCCGUUGGAGACCUCUUGCUCGACUACUUGGUGGUAGUCAUCCCGCUCCGUCAGGUCUUCCUCCGCCAGUUUGCCCCGCAUGCCGUUAUAUCCCCGUACUUAUGGUGGAGAGACGGCAAGGUUUGGGCUGACAACCGGCUCACACGGUGUAUGGAGCAAGCGUGUACUCGGGCGAGUACCCCCCGGCUGCAUAUCGCCAACUAG